AAUACUCCCCACUCAUUACAUGCACCAACAAAUUAAAAUCACACACACACACACACCUCCAACAAAAUCACCAAAAUAAUAGUAUUUCUAUUUAAUUUAAUAUUUUUGUGAUUAAUUUUGUCAAUUGUUACAAUCAAGUGGUGGAGUUUAGGAUGGAGGGCGGCGGAGUGGCGACGGUGAACAAGGCGGAGAUCGACACGAGCGCCCCGUUCCGGUCGGUUAAAGAGGCGGUGAUGUUGUUCGGAGAGAGAGUUCUUGCUAGUGAAGUUUAUGCUAGCAAGCUCAAAGAGCUACAGGAGUUACUAUUAGCCGUGCAGCUGCAGGAAGAGGCGGGCGAGGCCUCGGAGUUGGAGGAGACGAAGCAGCGCCUGGAAAAGGCGCGGGAGGAGAGGGAGCACAUGGCUCAGUACCUCUCCUCCCUGCAACAGGAGCUCCAUCAGACUAAAAUGGAGCUCCAAAGCUUGAAGAAAGAGUCAACCAACGACGUCGAAUUCCAGAGGAGGAGAUGCGUCACCUUCGCGAAUCCUCCUCUGGUGGCUCAAGUGGCGCUGCCGCCGCCGCCGCAGCAGGGAAUGUUCCAGAGACAUCCCUCUCUCAAGAAGAAGAAAAAGAAGGCGCUCAUCCCUUUCAUUGGAGGGAUAUUUUCGAAGAAGAAGGGAAGCUCUGAGGUUUCCUUUGCAUGAAUAAUUAAUUAAGUGAUUAAUUCCAUUUCAAUAAAUUACGACAGUUUUCUCGUAUCUACGCUUCGAACCUAGGAUGCUAAUUGUUAUGUUAUGAAUUCUUUUUUGGUUCCAA